AUGGCUUCCGCCGCCGAGUCUUGCGACAAGGCUGAUGCUGCCUCCGAGAGCACAGCCAAACCGCUCAACUUCCUUGACCUUCCUCUCGAAACCCAAAAAGAUAUCUUCAGCCAUUGCUGUCAAAGCGACCUCAUCUGCCUCGCCCUCGUCUCCAGGCACUUUCGCGAACUAGCUGCCGCCCAGCUCUAUCGCAACUUCCACAUUGUCUUCCCCGAUGAAGAUGAUCCGUCCUUCGAUUCUCCCAUCGACAGUUUGGCUGGUGGUCUCGAGACCUUCGUGUCCAGCGACUACAACUAUGCCCAGCAUCUGAGGGACAUCUCCCUCGACACCCUGAGUGCCGGCGACAAGGCUGAGGCCGCCUACAAGCCCUACCUGUACAGCGCCAGCUGCGGCAAGUUUAUGAACACCCUGCUAUUGUUGACACUCAAGAAUGCAAAGUCGCUCGAGACUUUUAGAUGGAACAUCCGAGUCGAACUCAGCCGCCCUGUGUACAAGGCCCUACACCAGAUUGCGCCUCUGAAGAACCUCCACAUUCGAAUGCAGGCCGGCCCGUCUCUCUUCGAGAUACCUCCCCCCCUGCCGUACACAUCGAGCCUACCUCCUCAGCCUACCUCGACCCAAAAUCACUGGGAUCCUUUGCCGGCUUUCUCUGCAGUGCCGCCGCCGCCUCCGCCUUUCGCAAGCAUGUCCUUGCCCCUCCCACCUCCGUACAAUCCUACUCUUGGCCCGCCACCCCCCUUGCCGCCAGCGUUGAGGCCCGCGCCUAGGAGUAGGCGGAGGAUAUUGGCCAACGAGCCUGCGACGUUGUCGGGCUUCCGUAAACUGAACUCACUUGCCGUUCUCGAUAUCGAUUCUCUGGAUAUCGUUACCGAGAUCAAGUCCUGCGUGCGCAACUCAGCCUCCACUCUCACGAAACUGAAGCUGUCCUUCUCCACACAUCUUGCUUCCCAAUCCCGAAAGCCUCCUCCCGAGGCCGACCCCGACGAUUCCGAUCAGGAUGGCGAGUUUCAAGUCGUUCCCAUGCCCUCAGCGCCCGGUUGGGAUGAGGCGAGUGGACCAGCAAAAGCAUUUCGUGCACAAGAAGAGCGCAAGAGCCAAGAGUCCGUGCUGGGUAGGGUGUUCGACGUGGAGCCAUUUCUCGUCAAGAGAACACAGCGUAAGACCCUGAAGGGCAAGGAGAGGGUCGACACGACUGUGAACACGAAGGAAGCUGGAUCACCUGCAGAGGCAUUCAUGGAAAGACUUCGAGAGGUUUCGACGAAGCUCAUGGCGAGCGUAACGGACGGCGACGCCGAUGAUGGCUCGAAGCAAGAAAUCCUGGAGAUGAUAGAAAAGGCUAGCAGGAAAUAUCUGGAAGCAGAGGAAGCGAGGACGGCGGCUGCGACAAAGGCGGAAACCAAGAUGGAAACCGGGCCUGGGACCUUCCAUGCAACCCCUUCGGCUCCAAGUACAGCGGAUGCUAGCACUCAGCCAGCCCCUAGUAUUUACGUCUCUGAGCCUUGCCCAGUCGUACCGGAGACCAGCACGAAGCCGAAAGCGAGCUUUGGAACAGAUGCCAACCCCGAGGACAUUAACGUUGAGGAGCCUAUCGCGACUGAGGAGACCGAUGAGCCUUUGGAUAUCAAGACUGACCAGAACAAGGACGAACCCGUGGCAGUCCCCAAAACCAUUACUUCUCAAGCUCAAGAUGCCGCGUUCGAAUCGCCAACGACGGCUCGAGCUGCAGCAACCUUGGCAACACAAAAGACAAAUUUCGAGACAUUGGUUCUUCGCCUGCAAUACCUCCUUUCUGAGGCUGCUAGCGUACAUGAGAAGCUUGAUGGUUUGCGGAAUACAUAUCCUCAAGACAGAGACCGCAUUCGGUCUGGGGAGAAUCAGUUACAGGGCUACUACCGUGAUAUCGACAACGUACGCACUGAGCUAAAUGCGACAGAGGCUGAGAUCCGCGACGUGGAAAAGCAGGUCAAUGGUAUAGCCACCACGGCUCACGGCGAAGAUGAAGUAAUGAGCGAGUACAUCCGGUCGACGAGAGGCGUAGCAUUGAAGUCAUUUAGUGUCCACCUGGUCCCAGUCAAAGCCUCCGUACUCAGGGCAGCUAUCGACGUACGGGCUCUCAGGAGACUGACCUUGCUGAACGUCGGCAACCAAGCUCCGAUUUGGACAAUGUUGGCCAAGGAAAACAAGGUCCAGCCGCUCCCGCUGCGAAAGAUCUUCACAGACAACGUAUCCAUCACUUUUCUCACGUUUGCGGGCCAGCUGGAGCAAAUCACCGAGCUCUUCAUGCUGGAGCGGUCGGCCAAGUAUAAGCCAGAGAGCUUCGCGCCAAAAACCAACGUUGUCAUGGACCAGAUCCGUCGCCUCGUUCUCAAGAAGCACAUGCCAACUCUCAACAAGCUAAUGAUUAAGAACGAUUCUGGUCCGAGCUGGGACGUUGACGAGAAGGCCAUGCUACUGAUUUGCAAUCGCGGAAAGAAACUUGAAGAGCUAGCGGCGGCGGUUGGGAUCCGCGCUAUCCACGUCUUCAUGCAACAUAUCGCGGGGCUCGUGAGUCUCCGUGCUUUGAAUAUCACGCAGUUCAGAAAUGACGACACUUGUGUCUGGGUCAUGCGUGAGACUCGGAGGUUCAUCGUCGACAACCUCUGCCACUACCCAUAUUUGAAACUCGAGUGGAUCUCCAUUGAUGAUGACCGGGUCGAGCGCAUCAUCCGUCCGCCUCCCCAGACGCCUGCCGCCAAGGCGGAAGAGAAAAAGAACAAGAGGGGCAAGAAGAAGACUGGCGCAAGCGCUUCGUUCGGGACCUUCGGCGGCGCCGGGACCGCCACUGGCACUGGUGGGUCCGGGGUCUUCCCGCCGUUGCCUCUGCCGGGGUGGGAAACAGACAGUGAUAGCGAUGAUGAGGAUACUGACAUCGUGGCCAACACAAAGCUUGAAACGGUUGAAGGUGUGCACUUCUACGAUGUCUGGGACGUCCGAAUAUUCAAAAAGGAAGUCAUGACAGGCCGGCUGUGA